AUGAAUGAUAAAAGUAUUGAAAACUUUUUGACAAAAAACACUGCAAUUAAUAAAACUAGUAUUGAAUUCAAUAAACAAUCAGCCAAUGAGUAUUAUCACACUAGUAGUACUAGUGAUUAUAGUAAUUGCAAUACUAAUAAUGAUAAUAAAUGUUUUGUUAGUGAUUCUCCAUUACAUGUAUUAAUUCCCUAUACUUUUAUCGGACCAAAAGAAAAACAAAUUAUUAAAGACAAUAAUCUAAUAGUAAUUACAACAAAGUUUAGUAAAUAUGAAAUGGAAAUAUUGACACAAAAUUGGCAACAAUUUUGUGAUGACUAUGAAUGCGAUGAAAAUAUGAAAACACGUUUAUUAGGAUUUUUUUCGUUCAGCGAUAACUAUACUAAACAAGAGAGGAAAGCAUUUCGUAAUUUUAUGAGAAGCUCACAGUUUUUGUUGCGAUUGGCCAACGGUUUGCCUAACCGUACAAUUGUUAACAUUUAUCUGACAGCACGGGUUAGAUUCAAUACAUUGAAACAUAUGAUUGAUCUGUCAGAUGAGGAAAUGGAUAAUAUACUACAAUUGCGUCGACAAUACGGUAGAAAAUGGGCUAAAAUUGCCGAAAAGUAUAUGUGCUUACCGUCAUCAGUGACAACAUAUUAUGAUUUCUAUUACAACUCAAAUGGUGAACCAUAUGAUAAGGGAAAGUGGACUCUGGAUGAAGACCGACGAAUGUUGACAGCAAUGAGACAAGUGUUGAAUACCGAUGAUCUCAAACAAUAUGUUUUUACCAAAAAUAUACCGUUCAAACUGGUCAGGGAUUUGUCGAAAAUCAAUAGGUGUUUGGUUUCAGUAGCUCAACGCUGGCAUAAACAGUUGCGUUGGUCUUUAGCACAAUGGGAUCAAUUGGAGGACCAGUGGACACACAAAGAUACCGCUCAACUCAUAUAUUGUUUGUUUAGAUAUGACUUCACCGACGAAUCGGCCAUCGAUUGGGAUGUAAUUAAGGAAAAGUUUUUAAACAUUUCGUCGUUUAACGCAUUGAUGAGAAACUGGCGUUUAAUAAAACAAACGGUUCCCUCGUUUGAGUCGAAAUCAUAUAAACAAAUCAUUGAUUUUCUUUACGAUAAUCUUUUGCCACAAUAUCUCAAUCCAGACGACGACGGCUUAAAAGAGUUUGAAAUGUUUUUCAAUAAUUGA